CGACAUGAUAGGAAAAAGUUUUCAAUCGAAUAUUCUGCAAAGAGAUGUUGGGUAGUGGUGGGAGAAAGCAAGUCAUUGAAAUCACAAUUGAUUAUUUUUAAUUGAUAAUUUGCACAGUAUACGUUUCAGAUUUUUGCAUUCAUUCUAAAUACGGUUGUGGUAUUGAAGGCAAAUAUUGUACCGUGGUUUAGAUGGUGGCGUCGUUCAAGAGAAAUUCAAUUGGUUUUACGGAACAACAACGCAGUUCGACAAGCUUGAAAAUGGAAAAUUUAAAUAAACAUGAAUAAACUUACAUCUUUAUCACCAAGUCUUUC